AUGCGCACCUCGAACCUGCAACUGAAGAGCUUCAGAUACAUGAAUAUCAUUGUGAGCAACCGUAGACGAUUCGGGAUAUCGGUGAAAGCAGCAGUCUGUGUGGUUUCAGAGUACUCCAUCACCUCUCUGUCUGAAGAGGACACUGUCAUGGACCUCAAACAAUCCAUCAAAUCUCUGACAGGAGUGCUUCCCGAGAGACAGAAACUACUAGGACUGAAAGUCAAAGGAAAACCUGCAGAAGAUGAGGUGAAGUUGGGUUCUCUUAAACUGAAGCCAAACACAAAGAUCAUGAUGAUGGGCACGAGAGAGGAAAGCCUGGAAGACGUCCUUGCUCCUCCACCUGAAAAUGAUGAUGUCGUUAAUGAUUUUGACAUUGAAGAGGAAGUGAUCGAAGUGGAGAACCGAGAGGAGAACCUGGCUAAAAUCGCACGCAGAGUAAAAGACUACAAAGUUGAAGAGAUGAAUCCGCCUCGAGAAGGAAAGAAGCUGCUAGUGCUCGAUGUGGACUACACUUUGUUUGACCACAAGUCGUGCGCAGAAACGGGUCAGGAGCUGAUGAGGCCGUACCUUCACGAGUUUUUAACAUCUGCUUACGAGGACUACGACAUUGUGAUCUGGUCUGCAACAAGUAUGAAGUGGAUUGAAGCCAAAAUGAAAGAGCUGGGAGUGACGGACAACCCAAACUACAAGCUCACGUUCAUGUUGGACAGCGCCGCCAUGAUCACGGUGCACACGCCCAAGAGAGGAGUGGUGGAGGUCAAACCACUGGGCGUCAUCUGGGGGAAGUAUGAGGAGUUUUAUCAUAGGAAGAACACUAUUAUGUUUGACGACAUCGGCCGCAACUUCCUCAUGAAUCCUCAAAAUGGACUAAAGAUCCGACCUUUCAUGAAAGCCCAUCUGAACAGAGAGAAGGACAAGGAGCUGUAUAAACUGGCUCAAUAUCUCAAAGAAAUCGCCAAACUGGAGGAUUUGAGCGGACUGAACCACAAGCAUUGGGAGAGAUAUCUCUCCAAGAAGCAACACCAACACUAA